AUGGCCAGUGGACUUCUUAAACAAGAAGAAUGUAAUUUCAUUGGAUAUAGUAUCCAGAUGUUUUUCACAUUGACCAUGGGAGGCAGAGAAUGUCUUCUGCUGACUGUUAUGUCCUAUGACAGGUAUGUGGCAAUACUCAAGCCCUUGCAGUAUUCUAUCCACAUGACUAGGAGGACCUGCCUAGCCUUGUCAGCAGGAGUCUGGAUCAGUGCCUCUUUUCCUGCUCUGAUACACACCAUUUGUGUGCUCUGUCUGCCCUUCUGUAAGUCAAAUGUCAUCAACCAGUUUUUCUGCACAGUUCCCACUCUGCUGAAAUUGUCCUGUUCUGAGACAUCCACCUAUGAGAAGGGGUUGUUCUUCGCUGGCAUUGUGAUGCUUCUUGGCCCCAUCUCAGUCAUUCUGGCCUCCUACAUUUCCAUCCUUUUGACAGUCCUGGGAAUGCAAUCAAUUGAAGGAAGGCGCAAGGCAUUUGGCACCUGCAUAUCCCACCUGUGUGUGGUGGGCAUCUUCUAUGGAGCAGCCAGUUUUAAAUAUAUGAGGCCCAGCUCAUACAGAACACCACAGCAGGAUAAAAUUGUAUUGGUGUUUUGUGACAUUUUGUCUCCUAUGCUGAACCCUUUAAUCUACAGUCUGAGAAACUGA